GCUGCAACAUUUAAAAUAUAUUAUAUAUUACUGCUUCCUAUCUAUCGAAUUGUUCGCAUGUAUGUUGCCGCGCCGUCACAUAUUCGCAGUCAGUGUAUUUUUGAAUGGUGCAUAUUUUAUAUCCUCUGCAAUAUAAGUGUUGGCUCUGGUCAUAAGUGAUGCAGUUCUUCUAGUGAUCGUUAAUUUUGGUUCGGUUUAUUAAAAUUGGAAUAUUUACCUGCGUAAAAAAUGUGCCAAAAGUACUCUUUUAAUUAAAUAAAGCUUGUAAUAGUAAAACUAAAUCACUCCAAUACAACUUUUGAAACAAGAAAUAAGUUAAAAAUAUAGUUUCUCGCAAACACAUUCUUAUUAAUAUUGCUGUUAUUGUACUGGCAAUUUCGUGGUGAAAAAAUUGACGAUUAAUUCAACUAUAAAGUGUUGAAUUAAAAGCAGUUAAAAGGAAUACGCUACACGCACCACUGCAACUAUAAAAAACGUCAAACUGUGGGGUUCAGGAGCAUUUUUUCUUCCUCCUCAAGGAAUGUAUUAUCCGCAUGUGGUGCAGGCCGGUGUUGCGCCAUUUCCAGGCGCUCCUACCGGCUAUCCAUCAACCGGUGGGCAGGUAGCCGUUGCCAAUCCUGACAAUCUAUCUAUGGGAGUUGCGGCCAUCAAAGCUGACCAGGUGUCACAAAUGAAGACUGAGAGUGGAGCACAGAUCUCAGGAGGUACAAAUGCAGCCACGUCAACUUCUGGUGUGCAGCUUUACAUGCAACAGAAGAAAGUAAGAGCAAAAACACAUCCAAAAAUACCUAUUGCACAAACAAAUCUGCCAACGGUGACAUCGCAGUUCAACGGCUGCAAUGUUUCCAUCACAUCACCUGCAACAGUAACGACGACGCCAGAGGUGGUUAUGAAUUCGCCUUUGUUAAGCGGUAUUCCGGCGCAACAGCAUGAUGGCGGACUUGGGAUUGCGCUUAGCAAUGGAUUGUCGCCCGUCCUAAAUGGUUAUGAAAAAAAUCACCAAGAGAUGGAACAGCAGCAAUUGAAAUUGCUACAUCACCGAUCUAGUAUCCGACAUACGCACCAAAUGCACCAACAACCACAGUCGCAAACGCAGUCACAACCAUCGGCGGCAACGGCGACGCCAACGACAACAUUGACGAUUACGUCAUCACAACCGCCAUCGCAAAGUAUUGUACUAUCUUCAGUAUUGAUCYAAAAUGAUUCUGAGCUGAAUGUUACUCAGCAACAAAUGCAACAACAAUGCAAUGCAAAUAGCUCCAGUGGAGGGUCCGGUGGAAGUAGCACCAUUACGUCGAUUUCCAACAAUUCAGGAACAGUUGGAUCUACAGUUACCGCCACGACUAGCAACGGUACAGAUAGUUGCAUGAGUAAUCAGAACCAGCCUGUCAACGGAAACAAUGUAGCCAGUGGAGGAGUCUCGUCAGGGGACAUAGCCGCUACCGCGAAUGGCGCCUCCACAUCCUCACCCACAAACACACCUGGAAACUCAGAUGAUUUGCUAGGAAGCACCCACCAACAACAGCUUAUUACUGGAAUGGGAGGCAGUCCAGUCGCUGUCGGCACUGCGGCAACCUCUACCACCUCUACAUCAGUAGCUUCCGGAGCACUAGUCUCAACAAGCACUACUGCCAAUGUCGCCAACACUGGUUUGUUACCUACUAUUAUGUCCACCCCACAAAUGGUUCCCGGCUCAGUUGAGUCUGGCUCGGUAGUGUCGCCAUUGGUAAGCGGAGCCAGCACUUCUCAGGUCAUCGCCUGCCUCAACGCGGCUGGUGUUGGCACAAGUGGUGGAAUAAUGACCUCUGCCGUAUCAUCGAGUCCAGUUGCCACUAGUCUCACUUCGGCCCUAGUUCCAUUAAAUCAACAGCAGCAGCAACAAACUAUUAUUGAUUCCAAAAAUCAACCGAAACGUUUACACGUUUCGAAUAUUCCAUUUCGAUUCCGUGAUCCGGACCUACGCGCUAUGUUUGGGCAAUUUGGAACUAUAUUGGAUGUGGAAAUAAUUUUCAAUGAACGAGGCAGUAAGGGCUUUGGCUUUGUAACGUUCGCAAAUAGCAACGACGCUGAACGAGCUCGCGAACGUCUUCACGGCACUGUGGUUGAGGGACGUAAAAUCGAGGUGAAUAACGCUACAGCUCGAGUACAAACCAAAAAAAUAACUGCUGUUCCAAAUGUUGUACUGACAAAAGACGGUGCCGUACCGGCCCCAGCUCUAGUGUGUGUUCAAUGGCCAGAAGCCACCGUAGCAGCCGCUGCCGCCAUGCGAGGCGUAGCAAUCCAUCGCGGUCAUAUGGGAGUUGUGGGUGGGCCAUUCAACCCCGCUUUGGCCGCUGUUGCUGUAGCCGCACAGCAGCAACAACAUCACCACCAUCAUCAUCAGGCACACCAUCAUCCACAUCAUGCGCAACAAACCGCACACCACCAAUUAGGAUUGCAACAGGCAUUGCAAGUGCAAUCAGCAGGCGGGACCAACCAAGCUCACGCGGUUGCUGCGAUUCAGACCAGCGCUGCUCAACAACAACUGCAUUCAAUAGCUCAUUCAGCGGCCGCUGCAGCCAACACGCCCCAGGUAGCCAACGCCGCUGCUGCUGCUUAUGCUGCACGUUUGGGUGCUACAGGUGCAGCCACUCAAUCGCCAUCCGCUGCAGCUGCUGCAUCCAUAGCCGCCGCGGCAAAUGCAGCAGCUGCAGUCAAUGCGGCUGGUACCGCUUUACACGGAUUCACACCCGUCUACUACGAUCCCUUCCUAGCAGCUGCUGCAGCUUCCGCUGAUCCGAAUCUGCGAUUCCAGGCAGCCAAACCGGUCGCAGAAGUUCCAGCCGCACAGCCAGCAGCCAUAUUAAAUCGCCGCACUGUGACAACGCUAAACAGUUCCCCACAUACGAUCAACCGCAUUCCGGUACCACAAAACGUUUUGGCCACAGCUCCGCUUCUAAAGACUCCACUGUCACAAGCACAGCAGGCGUACGCAACAGCCGCCACCACAUACACAGCGGUGGCCGCUAGGGCAGCAUAUGGCGCUGCAGCCGCCGCUGCACAGCCGGCUUUAGCCGGUUACGCUACUGUUGCUGGAUAUGCAACAAGAGAGUAUGCAGACCCCUAUUUAGGACAUGGAAUCGGACCAGUGCCCGGCUAUGGUGCAACUAUGUAUCGUGGUGGAUUCAAUCGAUUCGCACCUUACUAGUGAGAGAAAUGAACAAUGCAAUGUACCACUGGCUGCUGACUGCAAGUCAACGCAGCUAUACUCAACUUUUGCAAAUUCGGUCACACAAUUUUGCACAUCAUGUGGAACAAAAUUAAAGAUUAUUAUAUAAGAAAAAAGGUUUUAUGUUACAUUAAGAAGAAUUGAAGUCGUCAAAAUGCUCAAGAAAUAUUACAAUUUUUAAUUAGCAACCCAAAAUACUCAUGCAAUGCGUAAAAACAAUGAGAUUAAAUCAAAUAUUCAGUGUAUAACAAAGCAAAUAUAAUAGAAAAAAGAGUUGAAGAUUAGCACAUAUACAUGCAUAUAAGAUAAAGGUAUUGAGCCAAAAAAUACCAACAAUUUAAAAAUUUAAUAGAAGAAAAGCGUAGUUGUUAAAUUGAAUGUCGUCCAACCAAUAUUUAAAAAUAUGAUAAAUACGUACAUACAUACAAAUUCUGGUAAGUGAGAAAACAUAAGCCAAAACAUUAAUACAAAGUAAUAUCGAAAAGCAAAACAAAAAAAAAAAAAAAAACUGAAUAUCCGGUAUUGGUGAAAUUGUUUAGCCGAUUAUCAUUUAUUUGAUUAGUUGGUGAAUUAUGGACAUCAUAGAAAAUAUUUAUAUAUAUAAUCAAAGUCACUCCUUAAUUUGUGCAUAAAAGCAUGCAUUGCUUUAGUGUAUUCAAAUUAUAAUUAGAAAUGUUUGCAAUUAUGCAGCAUAGGUAUUCAUUAGUUUGUACAUAUAGUACACAUGCGAUAAAUAUCAAAUGUAUAUUUAUAAAAUUUGAAGUUAUUUCUAAAUUUACUUAUACUACACCAUCUAAAUUCAUAAAAGCAACAUUUUAAAACUAAUUAUAAUAUAUUUAAAGACAAUGAUGAAAAUUUGUUUAACCCGAUUGUACUUCAUAUAAAUCGAAGUUUGACACAUUGUCAUUAAAUAACUUUACUUCAUCGCUUACUCAUUCACAUUGGCAGCUUAUUUCCCAGUAAUUGCUUUAUUCAAAUAUCUCUUUGAAUUGCUCAAGAAGCAAAUUUAAUGGUAUAAAAUAAUCGACACUUAAACAUAUCCAAACAUUAGAAAAGAGAUAAUUUGAAUAUUAUUAAAUAAAUUAAAACUUUCUCUCUUAAAUAUACAUAUAUUCAAAGUCUUGAAUAUCAUUGCAAAAACGUGUUGUAUUUACUUGUGAUAAAAAUACAAAGAAGUGAAUAUCCGAAAAUCACUUCCAUUAUAAUUUAGUUUUCCAAACAACUGUACUCAAAAUAUGUACUCCGAUAUGCAAUCAAAUACCUUCCUGAAACAAUUUAAAAAUCGCCCAUGAUGGAGUUGUUAAAAAAGUAUUUGCUCAAGAAAUAACGACUUAAGUAAAAAUUGAUAUAAUGUUAUUUAAAUGUUCACGAAUGCAGCUAUGAUAUCACAAAUUUUGAGAGAUCAAUUAUAUUUUUUGUUUAUAAAAUAGGGUUCUGAAAAAAUCGAACCAAAUUAUUGUAUGCAUUGUAUGUAUUUUAAUAAGUUUGUUUGUGCUUGCUUUCGCACCAUUUAAAUAAAUAUCCGAACUCUUCCGAUACAUCGCUAAAGGACACUCAAAGUGAAUCAAAUUUGCUCAAAUUAUUUUCAUACAAAAUAUAUAAAUAACAUAUAGUAUACUCUAUUGUAUCCCUUAGAUUUGACUUGGGAUAUUAACAUGUCAAAGUAGCGUUUAUGUGAGUAUAUAAUCUGUUGUAUAAAAUUUUUUAUUUAUUAAUUUUUUUUUUUUUUUUUUUUUUUUUUUUUUUUUUUUUUUUUUUACAUUGUGCAGUCAUCAUAUCAGGCUGUAAAUCUGAAGUUUUUGGGACACAAAAUGGUUUUAAAAGGUCAGAUUGACACGAAAAAACAAACAGAUUAAAAGCACAAGUAGGAUUAAAAUUUACGCAUACAAAACUUCUCUGCAAUUUUUUUUAAUUAUAAAGUGAAAGAAUACAUGCAUCAAUAUAUUAUAUGAGUAAGAAAUUUGUACAAGUAUAUUUUAAGAGUUGAACAAUUUAAAUGACCAAAAAUAAAAUUUAGAAGUAUCUAAAAGUAUUUAUGAAUCACGCAAAAAUUCGCGCAAAUUACUAGUAUUAAGUGAUUUUUAUUGAUUAUUAUGAAUGGCGAUACACAUGUAACACUAUUUACACACAUAUGUCAUCUGAACAAAUAUCUAGAUAAACCAGUUCGCAACAACGUUUAUUAAGUAACGCCAAGUUAAAAAAAAACUAAGAUCCAUAAACGUAAAAAUAUCAUUGAAAUUAUUUUUACUAUGAAUUUUUUAUUUUAUUUUUAUAAAUUAUUUUACAUGAAGCCAAAGUCUAAUAUUUUAGUUAAACCUUCUAUUUGAUUAGUUUGUAGUGUGAUUACUUUAGUAUUUAUUUUUAAAUGUUUUAAAAUUGAAUAAUGAAUUUUCAAAUUCACAUUAUCAGCGAAUGCAAUGCAUCCGAAAAAUUCUCAUUUCAAUUCACAAAUUUGUUCUAAAUUUAAAUAGUAAUUGAAAUAUAAUAUAUAUAUAAUCGCAAGAAUUAUGUUGCAUAAUGUUACAUAUACAUAUGUCUGUAUAUGAUUGCAUUAAAAGUUAAAUCAAAUCCAUUUAUUGCCAAAUAAAUAGCUUUUAAUUGAACACACUAAAUAAACAAAGAUGAAAAAAUGAGAAUCUGAGAAGUCCCAAUAGCAAUAAAUUUAAAAAUUAUACGUAAAAAAUCAAAUCUUUGCAAUUUUUUUUAGGCGUUCGAAGGAACGUUUGGUCUGCUCAGUAACUUAAAAGCUUAAAUUUUAAUGUUGUGUCAUUUGGAUCUUUAAAUGUUAUAUAUAUUUUUUUUUAUUUAAAACUGUUAUACGGGGGUAGGAAUAUUUAUCAAUGAGCAUUCUCGUCAUUAUUUGUAAGACUUUUCAUCACAAUCGAUUCAAUCUUUAUGCAAUUAUUUUUUUCAAGAAUUAUUAGUAACAAACAAAUUGAAUAAUAUUUCAGAAUUCUGUUGAAAAGUUGCACAUCACCGUUUUAAAACAAAUUGAAACCUCUAACUAGCUCUAUGACAAUUUUUAAGUAUCUAAGCAAGUAUUGAUUGUAAUACAUACUGUUUUAAAAUACAAAUACAAAAAUUCUAGUUAUGAGUGAACAUCAUGAAAAAAAGCUCAAAAUUAUUGUAAGAAGAUCGUAUGAAAAUAAAAGUAAAUAUAAUACUCACGUAGGCAUAGCAUUAGAAGUUAAUACAAAAAAUGUUGAUUUCAAGUGAUUUUAAUUUAUAAUAAUUAUAUCAAAUCACGAAAGUAAUUUGUAGUAAAAAGUGCAAAAUCAUGCUGUAAAAUUAUUAAAGAGAACAUUGUCAACAAUACGAUGAACGAGUAUAUGAAUUAAAGUAUAGAAUUGUAGAAAUUACUUAAAUGUUUGAUCAAAAAACAAAUGUGCUGAAUUAGUAAUGUUUAUUCAACAUUUUAUUAAAAUAGUAGAUUAUGAUUGCAAGCAUAUUAAAAAUAUGGAAAAGGAAUAAUAAUAAAUUUAGAGCGUAAAAUGUGCCAAAUUGUAUAAAAUGUUAUAAUAUAUUGUACUUCUUCAUAUCUAUUGUGUCCCUAUAGCUGUAUUAAUCGGCUGGAAAACAUUGAAAGGUCAAUUUUACCUUUGCAAUUACUCUACUAUUGUCAGAAUGUAUUCGAAAGUAAAUUAAAUUUCUUUUAUUAAGUUCUUAUAAUUUGCAUAUCCACUCUUAUUAAACUUAUUUCAAGCAUAUGAAAAACGUAUAUAUAUAUUAUUUGAAUUAAACUCCUUAUAAAAUAUCACAUUCUGGAUUUAAAGUUCUGUAAGCAAUCAAGUGCUUAUAAGGAUGAGACUCGCACAUCACUCAAUUAAUUUGCAACCAAAUGAAAAA